GUUCUUCCUCCUGUCCAGUGGGGGCGCUGUUAACUUUACUCUACCGGAAGUACCCUGUCUUUGACGCGGAACUCGCUGUGUGUUUACUUCCGGCUAUCAGUCAGUCCGGAUCGUUUCGCCGGAGAUUCAAAGUGCGCAGAAAAGGAGGACUAUGUGCGCCGUGCAGCUGCUGAGGGUAUCGGUCCAUGAGCGGAUCAGCGCCGCCGCCGAAGACUUUCUGCUGCGGCUGAAAACAGACGAAGAACCGGCGCAGAUCCCGGAGCUCAGAGCUCUGCUGACCGAGCGGCUAACGGCGGCAGCCGAGGAGAUAAUCGCACUGUUUGCGGAAACUGUGGCGGAGUUUGAAGGCAGAGUGGAGCAGUCAGAGAAGGAGAUCUGCCGGCAGAGGAGGCUGCUGGAGGCCGUGCUGAUGCCCCAGGUCCGGCUGCACAGAGCAGUCGUCCAUCAGCUGUCAGCAGUUAAAGAAGCACCCAUGGCACUGAAGAUUAAAGAGGAACCUGAGGAUCUCUGGACCACUCAGGAGUCUGAGAUCACCAGGUUCCCAUCCAUUCAUGUCCCUGUGAAGAGUGAGGAUGAUGAAAAGAAACCUCAGCUCUCACAACUUCACCAAGGACAAACUGAGGAGAAAAGAAAGGAACCAGCUGGAGAGGGCUGUGGAGGGUCAGAACCAGCCAGCAGCUUCCAUCCACGUGCACAUUUACAAACACAGACUGACCAGAAGAAUGCAGAAUAUCCAGUAGCUGAGAUUGAAGUUAGCUGUGAGGACUGGGAGGAAACAGGGGAAGCCCAGUCAGUGUGUGCCGGCCCCGAUGAACGCUUUAGCUGCUCCAAGUGUGGAAAAAGAUUUACCAGAAUUAGAUUCCUGCAGACACACAUGAGAAUCCACACAGGAGAGAAGCUGUUUACCUGCUCAGUGUGUGGAAAAGGAUUCACAAAUAAGGAUUUUCUUCUGGAGCACAUGGACAACCACAAAAGGGAGAAACGACAUGGCUGCAGCCUUUGUAACAAGAGGUUUGUUUGGCAGUCUGGUGUUGAAUGCCAUCAGUGUGUUGGUGUGCCAUUAAACCAAGAGUAUGAGGUGAAGAAGGAAACAGAAGCUAAUGCUGAAUAUAGUCUGUUUAGCUGCUCGUUUUGUGAGAAAAAAUUCACACAGAGGGGUAACCUGAUCCAGCACAUGGCCCGACACACGGGGAAGGUUCGCUACCGCUGCAGUGUUUGCCAAAAAAUGUUUGAUUGGCGUCAUCAGCUCAAAACCCAUGAAUGUCCUGGUCAGAGAGAGAACGGAGAGUCAGGAACUGGACAGAUGAAAGCUGAUGGAGGAUUAGGACCAGCCAGUGGCUUCCAUCCAGAUACUGACAACAGCUCAGAGUCCUCAGACACUGACGUCAUUGGACUUGAGAGUCAGUAUAAUGAAAUCUCUGCAGGCGAUGACAGCCAAAUGGUCCUCAUCUGUCCUGAGUGUGGGAAAACAUUCUGUGGUGAGGAAAACUUGGAAAUUCACAUCAGAUCUCAUGCAGGAGAGAGACCGUUCAGCUGCACGAUUUGUGGAAAAACAUUCACACAGAAGGGUUACUUGACGAACCACAUGGAAGUCCACACAGAGGAGAAGAGGUUCAUGUUUUGUGCCUGUGGGAAAAGAUUUGCUAGCCAUGCGAACCGUAAAAAACAUAAGUGUGAUCAUGUUUUGUCACAGCAUCAACAAAGAAAGACUAAAGCUAAAACAAACCGAAAGAAAAAAUAGCAAAAACCGAGAUUGAGACUGAAACAUGAACUGAUAAUCGAUCUUAUGCCACUGUUCCGCUGAUGGAUUCAGCUCAACUCGCCUCAACUUGGGACAAACUUUUUUUGUGUGUUUCUGUUACAUGAGCAGAUGCCGUCAUGUAGUCUUUUUAGUGCUGCCCUACAGAGGUUCUGAGUGAGUUAAAGUGACACUAAUUAUGAUGUGCAACUAUGUAGAUGUCAGAUUGGUUGAUCUAGAUUUGUUCAGUUUUCAUUUAGGCUCCAUUUAGAUAAAUCGACCACAGAUUGUAGUCUAACCUAUAUUCUCACCAGUGACGAUCUUAAAGCUACAUUUUAUUUGCAAAUGAGGAACUUGCAAGUUCACACUGAAGAUGACAUCACUGCAUGUCAACCUUGUGUUGCUAUGACAACUAGCCAUGGAGGAUGUACUAAACCUGCAGUGGAAAUGCAGUACAUUUGUAAAUGACUAAAGUCAAGGCAAGUUUGGCCAAUGUACCUGUGGAACAGUGGCAUUAGGCAGCAGGAUGUUUUAUUUAUUUCUGUUUGUAUAAGUGAGUUACAGAUUUAUGAAGUACAGUUUAUUAGUUUUCAUUAGAAUCAAUAUCAUGUGUUCUGAAAGGAGAUAUGAAAACAGGUAUAUUUUGUUAAAAAAUAAUAAUGUUGAAUAUGUGCUUCCCAGGCUAUUUUUGAAAAAUAAAUUUCCAUAGUUUGAAUUCUAUAAAAGUUGUUGCUUAAAGCU